AGUAUAUAGCGUACAUUGACUUGCGUCGAUCGUUACAAAUGUUCCAAACUCUUUGAGUGCUUCGAUAAAAGAUUUAAUAUAAGAAUAAUUUUUAGAACAUAGCAUAACGAAAAAUCUGCAUUUUUGUUACUUUAAUAGCAAGAUAUUUGUGAUGUUGUCUGUAUUGAAAUCGCCGAGAUUAAGACAGUAUGCCGUUAUUUUAUUAGUAAACCUAAGCGUGCUUACAACUGGUAUGAACUUGGGAUGGCCGUCCCCAAUGAUUGUAAAGCUAAGAAAUGCCACGGAGACGCCUCUAUACCGCCCUAUUACCGAGGAGGAGGGAUCCUGGAUUGUGUCCGUGGGAUUCUUAUGCAGUGUUUUCACAAAUUUCGCCCUAGGUAUGUUACUGGACUGCAUAGGCAGAAAAUACUGCGUGAUACUUACCUGUGUGCCGAAGAUAAUCGUAAGCAUCCUCUUUAUCUUCGCGACAGACGUAUGGAUGCUGGUACUGGGUCGUGCCUUUAUUGGUAUAGGUGAUAUCUUUCUAUUGUCCGUGGUCCCUGUUUACGCGUCGGAAAUCGCUAGUAAGGACAUGCGAGGGAUUCUUUGCACCUUCCAGCAUGUCUUUUUAUCACUGGGAUUAGUAAUAUCUUUGUCGGUUGGACCGUUCACAUCAUAUAGAACUUUUAGUAUAGUGUUUGCUGCAAUAAUCUUGAUCACUAGUAUUCCGCUGCUCAUCUUGCCUGAUAGCCCGUACUUUUUGUACUCGAAAGGAAAAGCCACGAAAGCAAUAGAAAUACUAAAGUUACUUCGAGGCACAGAUCAAGCUGCCAAGGAAGAAAUUGCAGAGUAUGCGAUAUCGAUGAACAAUGAAAAAGUUGAUAAACUGAAACUAUUGAAGAAUCGCCUUGUACUAAAAUCUCUCGGAAUAUCGAUAGUAUUCUGCGCCGGAGCGCAGCUUAUUGGUUUUAACGCUGUGUCUUUUUAUUUGCAAACAAUUUUAAUAUCGACUAAAACGAAUGUGAUGCCGGAGAUAGCGUCGGUGAUAAUAGGGUUGAUAGAGCUUUUUGCGAGUUUCUGCACGACUCUUGUAACUGAGAGGUUUAACAGAAAACACAUAUUGAUUUCAUCGCUUAUAGGCAUGCUGAUUGGAAUGGUUGGACUUGGUGUAUUUUUUAAAAUAAGAGAGAACACACAAGAAGUGUCCGGUUUCAUGAAUUACCUGCCUCUAAUAUCGCUGAUUCUCGUCGUCUACUGCUGCAGUGCAGGAAUGGGUUCUAUUUUUUGGGUAUUAAUCGCAGAAUUAUUUGAAGGACCCGCAAGAGCAGUCGGCGUUUCAACCAGCUUAUUAAUCACCGCGUUCUUUAUAUUUCUCACCACAAAAUAUUUCGCCGCCCUCACGCUUGAUAUUGGACCAGCGACCACAUACUGGUUGUUCAGUGGUGCUUGUGCAAUUGUUUGUUUGUUCAUUUAUUAUUGUGUUCCCGAGACUAAGGGUAAAAGUUUUAGUGAGAUACAGGAGGCUUUAGGUGAUAGAGAGGCGAGUGACAAUAUGAAACAGACUUUCGUCCCCGUAGAGCGAAAAGUCAUUAAGUCUAAAAAUCGUGUUUUGAAAUAGUGAGAGUUACAGUUUUUGAAAAUAAAAAUCGUAAUUACCUUGGCUUGCCUUUACAUAUCUUUACGUUUUUAGCUUUUAUUUGAAGGAAACAAAAUAAAAAUUAUAUUAUAAGAGCUAAAACACGUGAAAAAUAUCUAAUAAUUGAGAAAAGUUAAAAAUAUGAAAGUAAUAAAAUAAAAUAAAAAUUGUUUCUUUAAUAUCUCUGGCUUUAUUGUGAAUUAAUUUAAUGUCGAACGUAAUUGAUAACUUUUCCCUUAGUUCUAAAUUAUUUUGAAGAAACUAACCAGACUUAAGUAAAAUGGAACUACCUAUUAGAUGUACGUAACGUGUAUUGUAAAUACUACUUAUCUGAUAUUCGAAGCUUGUAUGGUAAAUUUUGUUUUAAAUAUAUUAAGUAAUUAAACUAUUGUUAUAAAUUCAAUCAAGUUUUUUUUUUGAAGGAAAUAUUCGAAAAUAUUAACAAAGAUCAAGAAAAUACUAUUACUGUUAAAUAAAAACAAAAAAGUGCAAGAAACUCAUGCACAAAAACUGAAAAAAUAAUAGAACGAAUAGAACAUAUAGUUAUUAAAAAAAAAAUAGAUUUCAUCCACUACUUCUCCUCGGUGACAUCUGGCUUCAAAAUCCUGUCUACUACGUCUUUACUUGUAGGUAAAAACUGGUACCACACGUGGAGCUCUUGUGAGAUUAUUCCCUUUGCACAUAAAUAAUUGAGGUCCUUCUUUUUUGCCUCUGAAAUAGGAAAUUUUUCAAUUCUUGCAUCAGUUCGUCUGUUCCUUGUCCAUUCGUUUAUUCUUCUUCUUUCCUCCUCUUUCUAGUAAUAAGUGUAGUUUUUGUCAGACAUUCUAAAAUAUUAAAUUCUAGAUUAAUAUCUAAACUAAUCGAGACUCGGGCAUUUUCGCUCAAAACGAAAGCACUUAAUUUUUAGCCAUUUAAUUUUAUUGCCUUCAUCAACAUCAACCAUUUCAGUAUAUUUUAAUUCCUUAACAGUACGAGGCGGUGCUGAAAAUUUGUUUCUUUUAGAGCGAGUACGAGCAAGUCAAUCAUGGAAUAAACAGUGGAGUCCACUUCCAUAUGAGUGUGAACACUCUCUAAAUAUUUUUGCUCAAUAACUUCCAACUGCACAUCCGACCUUUGAAUCAAAUGAACCAAAAAUGCCGUGAUAAAUUGGUUUCUAUUAUGUCCAGCGCACGUGUCGCUAUACAUGGUGAUUUAUUUAAUAUUGGUUGGUAUCUGACUAAUCUAUCAGUUAAUUGCACUAACAAUUUUCACACGCCCCUUUUACCAUUAAUCUCAUUCCAAGUUAUACAAAAUGCUUCAUCAGGUGAAUUGUAUAAUUUUGUUGGUUUAAUUUUCUGGUUUCCACAUAUUUGCUUUAUUUCAUAGACCAUACUACUGUAUGUCUUUUUCAUAUGGGACUUCAAGUCAUAACUCUGCUAUCAUAAUGCUUAUGCAUCAUGGAGACCUUCUAUAAUAAUGUUUUGGUUCGUUAGACCUUACUAUGAUAAGUCCCUAAUAUAGGACUAGUCGUUGUGCAACCUUAGUACUAGCAGUUGAUCAGCCGACCACCCCAUAUAUUUAUGUACAAUCACAAUACAAUUGGGUAUGCGUCUCCGGCAACGCCACCAUAUAAAGGAACAUUACAAGAACACGUUCAUCAACUUAGAAAUUUUCCGAUUAUUACAAGAACACCUUCAUCAACUUAAGAAAAUUUUGAUCCAUUUUUUUUAUUAUAUUACAAAUGCAUAGAAGAAUCACCCCCAAUCUAAUAUAACUGCCAUGGUUUCUGAAUCAUACCUACAGAAAACGAUUGUUCUGUAUAAUAUUAUUAUUAUUUCUCGGUGCUAAUUCAUCUAUUUUUAGUUUUGACAUCAUUUUAUGAUCUUGUUGAAUACACUUGAAAGACUUCCUAUGACUAUGCUUUGUUUACUUGGCUCAAUUUCAGAUCGAUAUAUAAUUUCCAAUAUUUUUCAUUUAAUUUAUAGAAUUGAAUCCUAAAUAAUUAAUGAAAGAGAAACCGCUCUAUCUUGUUAAUGUAUAAAGCAGUGGUUUUAUCAACUCUAAAUAAAAUUGUACACCAUAAGUAUUAUUUAUUUGCAGUAAGUGUUAUUCAUAAUAUCUCUAUUAUUAUUUACUUUUAAAGGUUUUGUAUUGUGUUCCACAAUUUCAAAAUUAUAAGCAUAUACUACUUUCAUAUCCAAUAAUAACAUAUCAUGUAAUUUCCUCACAAUGAAGGACUAAGACCCAAAAAUAUUUUUAGUUCCAAUGGCUUCUUUUCAUCCAGUUGAGAAGUGUCAGUUUUUAUUUCAAAAAUUUUUAAUAAUAUGAUUAUUUACAAUAUUAUUCACUACCAUCUAAGAUCAGAAAUUUGCAAUUGAAUAUAUAUUACCUUCCAUAUACAUUAUUUUGUACAUAGUAGUUAAGAAAACACAAUUAUUAUUACUGAUAGCAACCUAAAUGGCUUAUGCACAAAUAUAGAGUAGCUAUUCAUAUCACAAUUAUGUGUAUAAGUAUUUUUCCAUAAUUUCCUUUUACUACAGCAAAUUAAUUUUGUUGCUAACAUCUUUUGGUAAUGUGUUUUAUGCAUCUGUCAGCCAUAACUCUCGUAUGUUUACCAUAAUUAUUUUACUUUAUGAAGGUAAUAAUAAUCUGGUAGGUAUAAAAAACUACAUAAAAUAACUGAACAAUAUAUAUUUUUUAAGAUUACCAUGUUUACUAUGUCCUUAACAUGUAACUUAUAUUUUAACUUGUCAUAAUGUUUAAAUAACUUAUAAUAGAAAAUUUGUUUACUAUUAUAAUCAUUUUGAAAUUUCUUUUUAAUUGUUCAAUGUACAAUUGCUUUAAGUAGUGAAUUUUGUAAGUUUUAUAUUUUUCCAAAUAGAUAUUUUAUGUACAGAAUAUUUUAUGCAUUUUGCACUUCAUUAUUUUAUUUAAAACUUAAUGAUGCUAAACACUGCUUUCUUUCUUGUAACUUAGGUUAUACUAAGCUACAUAAUACAGCUCGGAUGUAACAAUGUGCCUUGUUUAAAUUUCAUUCAUUAAUCAUGGUAUGGCUAGAAUGUGCCAAACAGUUGAAAAUUACUCCAUAGUCUAAGUUUUAUUACAUAAAUAAUAAUAAUUCGGCGUUUACUGCCUGUUAUUGACUUUUUUAAUUAUAUUUUGUUAAUUUCUUAAAAUUUAUAAUAAAACUAAGGUCAUG